CUGUAUCCACUGGAGACAUGUUCAGAGUCAGCCACAUGUGGGGAGUGCACAGGAGAAGACUCAUUUCCUCUGUGUGGGUGGUGUACAGUGGAGGACAAGUGUUCUCGGAGGUCUCAGUGUCUCGACAGCUCUCAGCCAGGGAGAUGGGUGCAGAGCUCCAGUGAGUGUAUCUCCACGUCUGUCUCUCCAGCCCAGUUCAUUCUGGACUCCCCCACCAUUUUGAAUGUGACGGCCACCUCACCCCUGCCAGGGAAUUUGACGUACAAUUGCUCAUUCUCGGCCCCUGGAGAGAAGUUUCCACUAGUGGUCCCUGCUAUUGAAGUGGUAGCAGGCACUCAGUACCAGUGUAAUAUCACUAAUGUCGCUACUUCUCUGGACUCAGUCAAACAAGUUACCCACUUCAGCUUUGUCAGUGUUGAAGUUGGCGUACCAUUUGCUACCAGUCAAAAUGCCCUCACAAUCUACAACUGCAGUGCAGCUAAAAGUUGUGUGGAAUGUCUGGAUACAGAGGGAGCCUGUGGCUGGUGUCUCUAUGGAGGAAUUUGCAGUAGAAUAUCAGAACCUUGUCCCGUGCCUGAAGGAGUGAACAACUCGUAUCUCACACUUGGUACCAGCUCUGGACCAACUGAAGUGUGUCCUGUGGUAAAUUCAGCCCCGACAACUGGAAACUAUACUCAACCUGUCAAUGUGGCCAGAGAUCUGGUCCUACAGACCAGCAACCUGCCCUCUCUUGUCCUUCAAAUAUCGUCCGGUGACCAGACAGUAUCUCUAGAGUUGAUAUGGACCAACGAUGCAGUCUCCUAUCCUCUCAAUGGGAAUUCACCUGAUAGAAUCAAGUGUAUUCUCUACGACUGUAAUGAGUUGGAGACUAGUUGCUCAUCUUGUCUUGGGAGAAAUGAGGCUGGGUUUACAUGUGGCUGGUGCUCUGAUGAGUGUUCAGUGAUGGAAGAAUGCAGUAAGGAUUUCUCCACCACAACUAUCAUGUGUCCUCGGCCGAGAAUUGACUCAGUCCAGCCCAACAGAGGACCCACAGCUGGAGGGACUCGUGUUAGCAUCUCUGGCACUGAUCUUGGAGCCUCUUAUGAUGAUAUACGGAACGUUACACUUCAAUUGGGUGGUGUUGAUGUAAACUGUACGCUGAGUGGGGAAGAUACAUAUGAUGUAGGCCGACGGAUAACAUGUGAGACUCAAGCUGCGUACUCUUAUGAAGAACCUCGGGUGACUGGAGUUGAUCCUGCAUUUGGACCGAAAUCAGGAGGAAUCGAAGUUGUGAUCAGUGGUAGCAGUCUGAGUAUUGGGAACAGAGACGACACUGCAGUCACACUCGGUGAUAACAACUGUGCCAUCACAUACAUUAACGAUUCGAUGAUCAUUUGUAAGUCUGGAGGGUUUCAAGGAAACAACAUUUCUGAAGCAGUGUUAGCAGCUGUAGUGGUUAUGAUUGACGAUGCUGAUGUCAGUAGAGAAGGUGUGGGGUUUGAUUUCAAGGAAGACCCCAUUUUCAUCGGUGUCAGCCCCCAAAGAGUCAUUCCCGCGAACCCAGAUCUGACAAAUAUCAGCUACGCCGUGAGAUUUGGAGAUGCUCCUGGCCCAAACAGAACAAGAGCAGAGUUGACACUUGAGUCACGACCUGACCCAGUGUUCCCAGAAGACGGCACUGCUCUCUCUCAGACAGAGUUCUCCCCUGGCUCUGGGGCUCCUCUCACCAUCUCUGGGAUGUUCAUUGACAGUGUUGAGAAUGGCGAGAUACGUGUGACAGUUGGCGGAGAGGAGUGCGAGGCCAGAAUAUCAGGAGAUAAUGAUCCCAACUCAUACACAUGUUUUGUACCAAGGGAUCCCCCAAAUGGGAUGAACACUGCACCAGUUGUGCUAAAGGUUGUUGCCCGCUCUGUUUUCCUAGGUAAUGGUUGGUCAGAACCUGAGGUACGAGGUUGGGACAGUGACGUACACAGAGGAGAAGAGACAGCCACGCCACUGGCUAUCAUCAUCGGAGCCUCCUGCGGUGGGGGCGUGCUGAUUCUCCUGAUUCUGGUCAUGUUUUGCGUCAUUUGCUGCGUCACGCGGAGAGCCACGGCCAGGGAAAAGAAGUUCACUAACCUACUGGCCCAAAUGGAGCUCUGGGAGAGCGAAAUGGCUGAUGAAUGCAAGAGAGCCUUCACUGAGCUGCAGACUGAUCUAGCCGAUCUCGUCCAGAUCUCAGACGACAAGAAUCUCCCGUACAGAGACUUCCGUUCCUUCGCAAUGCGGUUCCUGUUCCCCAGUGCCGGUGCUGAUCACCCAGUCCUGAAUCCCCUGCCGGUUGCCGACAGCCAAGAGAUGGUGCCUCACCUGAAGGCCUUCCACCAGCUGAUUCUGGACAAGAAGUUCCUCCUGCUGUUUGUUAGGACCCUGGAGGCUCAGCAGGGACGGUUCACACUGCAGGACAAAUGUAACGUGGCUUCUCUACUGAUGGUGGCCUUCCAGAACAACCUCGACUACGCCACAGAGAUUCUCCAAACUCUCCUCAAAGACGUGAUGCAUCAAGCAGUCCUCAAGUCCCACCCAAAGCUGCUCCUCAGGAGAACCGAGACAGUGGCCGAGAAGAUGCUCGCCAACUGGCUCUGCUUCCUCCUCUUCCCCUACCUCCUGGAGCAUGCAGGAGAGCCACUGUUCAUCCUGUUCAGGGCCAUAAAGAGUCAACUAGAGAAAGGACCAGUCGACGUCAUCACCGGAGAAGCCAGACACUCCCUCUCAGAGGAGAAGCUGCUGAGACAGAAAUACGAGUGCCAGGUGGUGGAUAGCGUCGUGGAGACGGAUGGAGGGGAGCAGAUUUCAGUCAAACUCCUCGACUGUGACACCAUCACCCAGGCCAAGGAGAAGAUCCUCGACGCUCUCUACAAGAACACGGCCAUAUCCUGUCGGCCGCAGCUCCUAGAUGUUGAUCUCGAGCUUCGUCGUUCCCAUGCGGGGAUUCCCCUCCGAGACCACGACUCUACGAACGUGAAGGAGGGAGACUGGAUCAAGAUUAACACUCUCGGCCACUACCGCCUCGCCGAGAUGUCGCAGGCAGCAGCGGACAACCCCAAACUCCCAGUUCCUUCGUUCAGACUAGUCGCUCGUCAGGAGAGACCUGUCAGCGGCAUGAGUUUCGACCAUGUAGGAACCAUCAUAGCCAACCUGAACUCAAGCGCGGCGGUCACCAGCGGUCCUCAGCGCAUCCUCCAACCCUACGUGGACGACCUGUUCAAGGGAAUAUUUGCAGUGCCACGAGGAAAGCCUCUGGCAAAGGCCAUCAAAUUCCUCUACGACUUCCUAGACCUCCAGGCAGCGGAACUUGGUAUUCAAGACCCAGAGAUUCUGCAUACGUGGAAAACUAACAGUUUGUUCCUGAGGUUCUGGGUCAGUCUGAUAAAGAAUCCAGACUUUGUGUUUGACAUUCAUAAGUCAGCAACUGUCGAUGCUUGUCUCACUAUCAUUGCUCAGGCGUAUAUUGACGCGUGCUCCACGUCAGAGAUGAAGUACAACAAGAACACUCCGUCUGCCAAACUGCUGUACGUCAACGAAGUCAGAUCCUACAAACAAGAAGUGCAACAGUACUAUUCCACAGUACAGUCGCUGCCUAAGCUAUCAUCCCAUGACAUGUCGGAAUAUCUCCGCGAGACAGCCCAGGUCUGUUCCAAGAGUGUACAGGAGAGUACUGAACAUGACAUCAAACAUGUCUUUAUGACGAGGAAGCUGUAUUUUGUGACAGAAAGUGCACUCUACGAGCUGUUCAAAUUUGCUGCUACUUACUCCAGUGAGCUCCAAGAUGCCCUUAACGACGAGGGGCUCUCCGUCAUGGCAAUAAAAUUGGAACAGCUGCAAGCCGCAAUUAAAGUCUGAUUCUAAUUAGAGCUCACCAUAUAUGAAACGUGAUUGCUUUUCGAUGCACAUGUAUGUACCUGUAACAAAGGCUAGCAAAAAUUGUAGCUCUUCUUUUCUGUGCAUUUUUAUUCUUUUUUGUGAACAAUUGUUAAAAUUUUUGUAACAAUUGUGAGUAUUUACAUACAUUGUAUGUAUGCAUUCCAAGCACAGUGUUUUAGCAUGCAUUAUUAAUUUCUAUUCCAAUAUCUAAGCACUUUGUUUUGUUAAUCUCUUGCAAGUCAAAAACGUUUACAAUGUGAAAAAAAUUGCUGUUAUCACACACGAUUUCGUAAGACCUACACGAGAAACUGAAAAAUACCUACUAAAAUCACAAUCUGUGAGUUAAUUAUGAGUGGCAGCCUUAGCUGCUGAGGUAUGUUGCACUCAGAAAUUCUUGAGGAACUCCUCGGCAACGAUACGAGCUCUUGCAUUGAGAGAAAUCUUCAUCUCGCUUAUCUCCUUGUCAAUCUCCUCCAUGAACUGUAUGACAAAGUCAACGAGCUUGUGUUUGUACAUCUGCUCUGUGUGGAAGUUGGUGAUCAGGAAACUGAUGUCCUAACCUCUAUGGGUUUCCUGCGGAGGAUGAAGAAAUGCUCCGCCCUCUGCAUCAUGAAUCUCAUGAACUUCUUACACAAAAUCUUCUCUAUCUCGUCUGCCUGUUUGAUGGCGAUGGAGACCCGUAUGGAGUUGAUAGAGCUCUCGAUGAGGAUUCUCUCCUUCUCGUUUCUACUGACUGUGACUGGCGUUAGCAACAGCUCCUUGCUGCUCUUUACUUCCACCUCAGGUUUGUUGUGUCGCUCCACAACCUGACUCUCGAAGUUUUCCAGGCACAUGGCGGCCGUUAGAGACGCCCGUACGGCGCUCAGGUACGGUUUCAGCGUCGCCGACAUUUUCGGUCGUCUCUGAGACUUCACAAACAAUCUGCGCAUGCG